AUGGCUGACACCAAGACAAACCCCAUGCGCGAGCUCCGGAUCGAAAAGCUGGUCAUCAACAUCUCGGUCGGUGAAUCUGGUGAUCGUCUCACCCGAGCUUCCAAGGUCUUGGAACAACUCACCGGACAAACCCCGGUCACUUCCAAGGCUCGUUACACUGUCCGUCACUUCGGAAUCCGAAGGAACGAGAAGAUCGCCUGCCAUGUGACCAUCCGUGGACCCAAGGCCGAAGAAAUCCUGGAGCGUGGCCUCAAGGUCAAGGAGUACGAACUCCGCAAGCGAAACUUCUCCGAGACCGGUAACUUCGGCUUCGGUAUCACUGAACACAUCGACUUGGGCAUCAAAUACGACCCCGGAAUUGGUAUUUUCGGUAUGGACUUCUUCGUCGUCAUGGGCCGACCUGGCUACCGAGUUUCUCGACGAAAGCACGCCACCAACCGUGUAGGCUUUAAGCACCGUGUCAAGAAGGAGGAGACUAUGACAUGGUUCCGAUCACGUUUCGAUGGUAUGCUCGUCUAA